GCUAAAAGAUGAAGAAAAUCCGAUUCAAAUUUAAACGUGGCGGUUGUGGUGUCUGUGCUCCGAGCGGGAUAUUUGAUUAUUCUUAAUUAAGUAGUUUUCCUAAUCUGGUUAUUUAAAGGUGGAGCACGCCUGAAGGAAAAAUGAUGGGGAGCCGGAAAAGUCAAACCCUGGCUUCUUCGCUCGUAACCAAUAUCAAUCAUGCCAUGGCGAAGCUGGUGGACAUCUGGGACAGUAUCGGUAUCAUGGAGGAUCAGAGGAUCGAAAGGAUGCAGACUGUUAAGAAAUAUAUCGAGGACCUUUUGAAGGACAUGAUCACUGAAGAAGAGUCACUGAGACACCGCAUCAAAACCAGCAUCAUUACGACUCGGAAGCAGUUGGAGACGCUGUCUCUCGAGUUGUCUCUGGAGCCAUAUAAAGUAGAGGAAGACCUGACAGUUCUUCAGCUGGAGAAGAACCUGCGCUGUCAUCUGGAGGCUCUGCAGAAGGAAAAGGCCGAGCGUCUGAGGGAGCUAAGCGAUCUGUCGCAGCAGGAUGAGGAGCUGUGUGUGACGCUGUGUGCUACACCCUACUACAUUCCCACUGGCAGCAUGCCCUCUCAAACACAACUGCAGGAGCUCCGUGAGCACAUCAAGCAGCUUAGCAAGGAAAAAGAGGGCAGGGUGAAGGUGUUCUCUGGGCUCCGGGAGGACAUCCGAAUUCUGAUGGAUGAGAUGGGCCAUGAGCCGGAAACCAGUCUGGAGCGAGAUUCCGUCUGUUCCGACACGGACAUCUUCCUGCUCACACAUGAGAAUAUCAAAGCUCUCAAGCUGUUGCUCAGCCAGCUGGAGAUGAAAAAGGAAUCUCUGAUUUCAUCUCGGGACAAACUGAAGGAUCGUGCUAUGAGUCUGUGGAAUCGCCUGAGCUGUCCUGACGAGGAGGCAGAGGAAUUCAAACAGGAGCCCCUCGGCACUCUCUGUGACGACAUCAGAAGGUGGCAGGGGGUGGUGGAUCGUCUCGAGCUCCUCCAGAGGACCAAGCUGGAGGAGGUGAUCGAUAAAGUACGACAAGAGCUGGUGGUCUUCUGGGACAAGUGCAUGUUUGGUCCAGAAAAGCGAGAACCUUUCAAUGUGCACUUCUGUGAUGUUAAUUACACAGAGGAGCUGCUCGGCCUGCAUGACUCUGAGCUUCUGAUGGUGAAGCAGUUUUAUGAGGAGGCUCAUCCUUUACUGGAGAUUGUUGAGAAAUGGGAGAGGAACUGGGCUCUCUAUCAGGAUUUCGAGAGAAAGGCAGCAGAUCCAACUCGCUUCUCCAACAGAGGAGGUGCUUUACUGAAGGAGAGCAAGGAUAGAGCUAAAGUGCAGAAGCUACUCCCUAAGCUAGAGGAAGACCUGAAAUGCCGUGUGGAGGUUUGGGAAAAGAAUAAAGGCUCACCGUUUCUGAUAAGAGGACAGAAGGUGAUGGAGUACAUUUCUAAACAGUGGGAAGAGCAUCGCUCACAGAAAGACAAGGAAAAGAAUGAUCGGAUGUCUAAGAAAUCAGACAACAGUCAGUUUAAAACCCCAAGCAAGAGACCUCACGGAGCAGCCAACAACAGCGUGACCCCCAGCAAGAUACGGAAGACUCCUAAUCAGCCUUCAUUGCGCACCACAACAAUGAGCAGCAGCAGUACCAGCAGUGUGUCCAGCACGUUUCUGUGUGUGCCUGGCAAGCCUCCACUCUCGGCCAAGCAGAAGGUUAAAACACUGGAAGCAAGCCCGGCCCCUCGGACGCCACUGCAGGAGUUCAACAGUGAUAAGAAGCUCAUCCCUAUCACCUACUCUGACUUUACAAACGAGUUAUCGAGAAAGGCCAGUCACGAUGCUGUUCUGAACUCCACUGUUAAAGAUGUCCUCUAACUCGCCUUCAAAAUGGCGGUCAUUUCAUUUUAGGUCAAAUUUUCACGCACAUCUAUUAUAUAUUAGGUUUUAAUUGUUAAGGCUUUUUUUUUCCUCAGGUAAUAUUUGUAUUUACAUUUGUACCAAGCGCUUAGCUUUUUUUUUUUAGCAGUGUUUUUAUUAUUAUUUUUUAUAUAUACAGACAUGCAAGGCAUUCUUUACAUUGUACCUAUUUCACAUGCUUUUAAGCCGAGCACCUUAAAAGUACACGUGUAUAUAUUACAGCUGUGUAUUCUGUUCUCAUAAAAACUAAAUAAAUAUCUAAAUUUCUCUC